CUCUUGAAUGCGACGUCCUUGGGCCGGCCUGCUCCUAUUGGCCAGAAGAGACCAGCUGUCCGUGACGUCCAAGUCGCGGACCGUGGCUGUUUUGCAGGCGUCUGAGUCCUGGAUGCCUGCACACAUGCCGGGGAAGCCGCCUCGGAGCGCCCGCCCCGACUUCUAGACUCGCUUUCUGCAGCCGGCAUCGAAAUGUCUGCCGAGGACGGAGGCAACCGUGCUGCCAAUCAGCUGAACAGGUUCGAGAAACUGUCGUGGAGGCCCUCCAUCCGCGACUCAGGAUCUAAAAAGAGAGUGCGGUGGCUUCAGGCUCGGCGUAUCUUUUACCCUUCGUGCCCAAACCUGCGAAUCCCUAACCGGUUUCUGAGAGAAGGACAUUGUGUACCCCCUGCCCGAAGUGGGCACCGAUGUGUUGCAGACAGUGCUAACCUCUACGUUUUUGGAGGUUACAACCCAGACUUUGACGAGGCUGGGGGUUCUGAGAAUGAAGACUACCCACUUUUCAGGGAGUUGUGGAGGUUUCAUUUUGCCACAGCUACCUGGCAGCAGGUCCGCACAGAGGGUUACAUGCCCACAGAGCUCGCCUCCAUGUCAGCUGUUUUACAUGGCAACAACCUGCUUGUGUUCGGUGGUACUGGAAUUCCAUUUGGUGAAAACAAUGGGAACGACGUGCAUGUUUGCAAUGUCCAAUACAAACGGUGGAACCUACUCAACUGCCGAGGGAAGAAACCCAACAGAAUCUACGGGCAGGCUAUGGUUAUCAUAAAUGGCUACCUUUAUGUAUUUGGAGGGACAACAGGCUACCUUUAUAGCACAGAUCUUCACAGGCUGGACCUGACCACCAGGGAGUGGAUCCAUCUCAAGCCCAACAACGCACCCACAGAUCUGCCCGAGGAAAGGUACAGACAUGAGUUGGCUCAUGACGGACAGAGAAUAUACAUCCUGGGAGGUGGGACGUCCUGGACGUCGUAUCCACUGGAUAAGAUUCAUGCAUACAACCUAGAGACUAAUUACUGGGAGGAAAUGAUCACCAAACCUCAUGAAAAAAUAGGAUACCCUGCUGCACGCCGUUGUCACAGCUGUGUACAAGUCAAAGAGGAAGUGUUUAUAUGUGGGGGUUAUAACGGAGAGCACAUCCUGUCUGACCUGUGGAAGAUUAGCCUGCAAACGCUGCAGUGGACCAAGCUGCCCGCCGUCAUGCCAGAACCGGCCUAUUUCCACUGUGCUGCUGUGACUCCGGCCGGUUGUAUGUACGUCCACGGUGGUGUGGUCAGUAUGUCCGAAAACCGCAGGACCGGCUCUCUGUUCAAGGUGUGGCUGGUCGUCCCCAGCCUGCUGGAGCUGAGCUGGGAGAAGCUCCUCAAGGCCUCCCCGCGCCUGGCCCAGCUCUCCACGCUGCAGCUGCUCAGCCUGGGCCUCACACACGCACUCGUCCAGCGCCUCAGAUAGACGCCGCGUGCCCACAAGCCGAGAGAAUGUAAAAUGGUGCCCGGUCGAACAGACGGUCUGACCCCCACCCCACCCCCAAGCCCACUGUUGAGUAGGAGAUCGUUUACAAAAGGACAAAGGUCAGAGAAUAA